AUGGUAGACGUUGUAUCUAUUAUCAUCGCCGUCGUAUCCCUCCUGGGUUCGCUCGCGGCAGCAGGUUUCACAGGGUGGAUCUCAUAUUAUUUGGACCAAGCCAAACAGCGUAAAGCCACUAAAGCUUUAAUUCACAAAUAUCGAGAUCCUCUCACACUUGCUGCAUAUGAUCUUCAAUCUCGAAUAUGGGGUCUUGUAAAUACUUUACUCGACUAUUAUGAAGAUGAAGAAAAACAAGAGAAUAUCUAUGUCUACACCGCCUUCUUGAUUGGACAAUAUCUUUCAUGGACAUAUAUUCUACGCCGACAAGCACAAUUCCUGCAAUUUUCAACAGAUCAGACAAAUCAAAAACUCAAUCAAAUUUUGGACGCUAUAACGGAUCAAUUCAGUUGGGAUAGACACGCAGGGGAGGAUCCUUUCAUGCUCUGGCGUGGACAACAGAUGGCCAUUGGAGAAGUAAUGACUAUUGAAGAGGAAAAGGAACAACUUUAUUGCAUGGGAUUUGCUGCUUUCUCAAAGAAAUAUCAUACUGAUGCCGAUUUCAAAAAGUGGUUCCUACCAAUUGAAAGAGGUGUCAAUAUGCUUGUGGAUGCACGCCGACGACAAGAUCCCAUUGCAACUUUUCGAUUGCGUCGAUUACAACAUCUUUUAAUUGAUUUGGUCCUUUUAUUGGAAUUUCAUCGUGCAAGAAAUGGACCAAAUACGCAAUUGAAAGUUAAUGCUGCUGCGUAUGAAUGCAAGUGCGAAAAUUGUCCAGGUGAUCUUGUGUCACAUCCGACUGAAAAACUCCCAGUUUAA